AUGAAAGCAACAACAAACAAAAGCAACAACAAACAAAAGCAACAACAAUCAUAAGAUUUUGUUUGUUCUUUGCGGCAUGGAAAUGGUAAGCAAGUCAGUUAAAUAAAUAAAUGAACCAAAGCUUUGAAAACUAAGAAAACUUAAUAUGUGUGAUAAUCGUAAUAAUAACAACAACAAAAACAGCAACAGUUGAAACUCUUUAAGAAAUUUCAUACAAAAGGGUAUUAAGUAACAAUAAACAAUUCUUGAGGAUUUCUUAUAACACAAGGUUUAUUUACAUUACAAUCCUCCUCCGGCAAUAGCAGCAACAGGAACAGGAACAACCAAGAAAUUUGUGGGAACAAUUUCAUGCAAAAGAAAACACAGAAGACUGAAUUUUCUCUCAUAAUUUUAAGUUCGUCUCUUAACAACAUUAACGCACACUUGAAAACGGAAAAAAAAUAUAUAUAAAUAAAUAAAUUAAAAAAGACAUUUCAACAUAUAAUGCAUGAUGAGCUCAUCAAUCAUUCGAUCAAGAGUUAAAUUACUUAACAAUCAACCAUAGCAGCCAAACAAAUCUCUAACAAAGAAAAUCAAUCAAUCUAUGAAUGCGAAGCAAAUAUGUAUAAUGAAUAAAUUGCUAAUAAUCUACGGUAUUAAGGAGACACCCAGUAACAACAGAAAAAGCAACAGCAACAGCAACAGCAAUCAUAUCAACAAGCACCCGAACCCGAGUCGGAAUAAAAGUGUAAUACACAACAGGAUAUUAACAGUCACUAUGCUUGUAUUCAUCAUAAUACUGGUAGUAAAUGCCUGCCUGGCUGGUACUAUACCCGCAACGCCCGAAAAUAUUACAAUUACAUUUUUAACACCAACUACUGUGCGUGUGGCUUGGCAGACCAUGAUUGAUUUAAACGUACAUCCUGUAGAGAAAUACAUUGUCACCUAUAAGCCUACAGAUGACAGUUACAGGGUUAUGCAGGACGUGGCCGGCAACAGCGAAGCUAUUGUACUGGAUCGAUUAUCGCCUGGCACUCAGUACUCAAUAACCGUAACAGCAAUUUGGAUGGGCAAAAAGUAUCGCAGUCGUCAGAUAGUAUUCCGCACAUUAGAUUUACCGAAACCUCUCUCACAACAAGAUUUAUUAGCGAAUGGUAUGGUGUUCACACCUAGCACGGGAGUAGGUUUCGGCGGAAACCCAAAUAAUGGCCGACCGCCCGGAAUUAGUAAUGGCAGUGAAACGUCUGGAGAUGAUGACGCAGGCAUUACCUCAACCGCUACCAAUACUCUCUCCCAUGGAACGCAUCGAGAGUUACCAACGAUACGUGGCGUUGAGAUUGGCAUCGUUCUUAUAGUAUUGAUGGUGUGGGCAGGAGCGAUUGCAUUAUUCUUUAAUCGUUGGGGCAAAAUACGCAUGCUGUUACCCUAUCAGCCUGACUAUAAGCAUGAGCAACUCAAAGUUCCCGGCACUGGUGUAUGCAGUGGCGGAGUUUGUAACGGUCAGCAUUCGCAUCAGAAUUUACAUCACGAUAUGUUCGUUAAGUUCGAUAGUAGCGAAUGCGGAGCACUCGCCGCCUAUCAACCACUACACUGUAGUAGUAGUCGUCACUUCCACUUUUUUCCGGAGGAGCAUUCAGCCUCCAUAUCUGAGCGUAUCACACGCAGUCGCAUUAAUUCAGCAAUAUUUGUCUCAUCUGAAGGUAGGGGUUUUGAUUCAAUAGAAUUUUUGCGUAGGCAUGGCUCGCAAAGUGUAUUAUGUCGGAAGGCAAAAAGUGCUGAAAAUAUUACGGAUAAUGGUAGAAAGAAAAGUUUUUCGGAAAAACGUCAAUGGCAGACUGACGAUAACAAUGAUGUCGGCAAUGAUUCCGAUGGUCAAAAUGAGUAUUCUAUAGAAUUGCAAGAGUGUUCAAAGAGUGUUGAAAACCAUCCGAUAGCGGCAUUAAAGAAUAAUGUCGAAAAAUUACUGGCUGCCACUACAGUGUUGGGUCAUUCCGCUGCUGUAACCACCUCCAAUCGCAUCGUGGGUAGCAUAUCUAUAGAAACCCCACCACCACAUAUUAGAGACAUGGAGAGACAACAACAGAAACAGCAGCAGCAGCAGCAACAACGACAACAGCAACAGCAGCAACCGCAACAACAUGAACAACGUGACAAUGUAACAACAAUAGCUCCUUCGAUAAGCUUAGCUAAUACAGCGUCAAUAAAUUCGACUUUCCAUGAUUCGGCUGAUACGGUCGAAGAGUUAGUCCUCACACCUAUAGAUAAUACUACCAUGAAUGCAAAAAACAGCAAUUAUAAUAAUAUUAACCCGUUAACUAAUAAUAACAAUAUCUGUCGAUCACCUAUCUUAAUACAACAGCGUUCAUCUACAGCAUCACCGGCCCUAACUCCUCAACUCCAAGCACAAGACAAUAGUCCAAAAGCGAUAAAAUUGAAAUGCUUAACGCCGAAGAUCAGCAAUUUACCAAUGGUUUCGGUGUCGGGUCCAUCGCCACCCGAUGAAAAACCACCACCGCCCGAAUAUUUGUAACAAAUGGUUGCCGAAACAUUUAUUUAAGAUUCAACCACAGACCAUCAACCAACCAUCAUAACCACCAUCUCCACCAUUUUUUAAGCGAAGCAGCACAAAGAGGUAUGGAAAUAUAUAUUUUCAAAAUACUUCUAUAAUAUUCUAUAUAUCUUGAAUUACCUGAUCUUCUUCAAUGUCUCUAAAAGCUAUACUUGGCCAAAAUUUUAAGUAAAUGUUUCGGUUUCUAAAAUGAAAAAAAAAAAAA